CAAUGGUUAAACCCGUUGUUAUUAAUGAUAGGAGUAGAGCCCGCUCCUCCCCUUUACUAGGGUCGUCUGUACUAAUCUUAGUACUCUUUAUUAUACUACUACUACUAAUCGUAAUACCUUAUAACAACGAAUACAAUCCAUCAUCAUCAUUAUUUGUCAACAACACCAUAUCAACACUAAGCACUACAGAUGGUAGUAGUAGGCACUCACACUUCCUAUCACAUCAUAAGAGGAGUAAUAUGUCGGCGGCGGCGGCGGACAACCAUUACAACAACGUGGGUUUAUUAUCUAACCAUAUUAUGACCAUAAUUACAAACAUGAAUAGGAGUAUAUUAUACCUGAGCACCAUUCUUGGUAUACUAUCAAUCGGGCAUAGGAUACGGCAAAGGAAAGCUACGAAGGCAAUAGGACGAAGAGGAGGAGGAGGAGAAGGAGGGAGGGGAUUCAAUCGAAAGCAUACUACUACUACUACUGAUCCUAAACCAUUCUCUGUGAUAUUAUUAUCUGGUGGUAAGGGUAAUAGAAUGAUGCAAGGUGGUGAUGAUGAUGAGAAGAAGAAUAAGAAUAUAUCACCUAAACAGUAUCUACCAUUACAUGAUGGGAGAUCAUCAGCAAUAAGAGCCUUCGAUACCUAUAUAAAACAUCCUUUAACUAGACAGAUCGUUAUAGUAUGUGCUGAAGAGUUUGAGUCAAUAUUCAGAGAUCACAUCAAUGCCUUUAUAAAGUCGAUGAUGCAAGAAGAGGAUGGUAAUGAUGAUAUGAUGUUGACGGAGUUGAUUAUCCCCUACAUAUCAAAUACACCUUUUGAAGAGCCUCCUAUGCUAAGGAUUGAGGGUAAGUAUAAAGAUAUACCUAAAAGGAUAGUAAGAAUAGCAUUCGCACGACCUGGACUAGAAAGGCAAGACUCGGUCAGGAAUGGUGUUAAUGCAUUACGUUAUGUUGUACCAAGUUCAUCGAUAUGCAUACAUGAUGCAGCUAGGCCAUUAAUAAGGAAGGAAGCAAUAACACGUACUGCUAUGGAGGCAGCAUCAAGUGGUGGAGGUGCAGCAGUAUUGGCAGUUAAUGCUAAAGCUACUAUUAAACGGAUAAUAAAGGCGGAUGAUAAUAAUAAUGUAUCAUCAUCAUCAAUGAUAGUGGACUCGACACCCGAUAGGAAUACUAUGUGGGAGGCUCAGACACCUCAGAUAUUACCUUAUAAAGUCUUGAGUGAUGGUUUGGAUAUUAUUGGAAAACGACAAUCGAAUAAUGGAGUUGUUACUGAUGAUGUAUCAUUAGUAGAAAUAUUGCAUAAUGAAGGCUUAUAUAAGGAUAUAAAUGUUGGUGUGGCUGUGGGGGAUUAUGAUAAUAUCAAAAUAACAACACCCGAGGAUCUAAUAUUCGUUAAUAGUCGGAUAAAACAAGAGCAGAUGAUGAUGAUGGCCAAGAGUUUCUCCCAUUAGGUCGUGUUGUU